UGUUUCUAUUCUCCAGGUAGAACAAAACUCGUCUUAACCAAUCACACACUUCCUUAUACGGUGAAGCAUCCGUGUCUCGGCCAAUCAGUGAUCACCCUGAGACGGAAACAAGGUGGUAUGGUCUUGUUUACAGUCGUCAGGGUCAGAGGGUGGACGGGGACUAGAGGUCAGCAACAUCGAAUAUUGGGAUAGUUAUAGUGUGAAUUGGUCGUUUGACUAGAUAACAGAUGACUGCUAAAUACUCAAGUGAUUCAUUUUAACCACGAGUGAAAAUAUAUGAGGCUUGGUGUUCAGGUCCAGAGAGGAGAUAUGUCUGACACCUGUGACUUUCACCUGUACCUGGCAAACGUGCCUUGAAUAAUAUAUUUGGAUUAUUAUGGUCUCUCAGACGGCAGGAAUGUCGUAUUCUACUGCCCCCAGACAACAUGUGCUGAUCUCUAACAAUCAUGUUUUGAUCAAGAUACACACGUGAGAAGUAUGGAUAACGUACACCUGCAUUUGCUCAGUGUUAGGGACGAGAUAGUAGAGAACUGGUACAUGGUUCGAGACUUUGUGGCCAGCUUCCUUCCUAAGAAAAAUAACACCAUAGGUGUAGCGUCUGGUGACUUGGGUCAAGAUUCAGAUGGACGCGUAUGGGUAGAAGUUGGUGGGCCGGGUCUUAGACUACGGGUGAUGCACCUCCACCCAGCUAACCCUUCUGUAGCUGAGGCAUUAGUGACACAUUUUUCUGCAGCUGCAGAAGAUGGUCAGGGGGGAAAUAUCGUUCAGCUUCCAGCAGAUGAUGAAAUAUCCUUGGCAUCCUUAGAAGAUUAUUGGUUCAAUCACUGGCAGGGUCCAUACGUUUCUGCAGACUCAAACCAAAACACUGUUAACUUCAGGCGGUCAAGACGGAGUUUGAGGAAGUCAAAGAGGAAGUUCCGCUGCUCUGUUUGUCACAAGAAGAUUGUGGGACCCAUGGGACAUCACAAUGAACUACAAGAAGUUCCGUGUUUUGAUGGGGAAAAUGUUCUGGCCCACGUACCAUCUGUUAAGUUAGAGACAAUAUCCCCAAAGCUGGAGGAGACAGCAGCUGGUAGCUCAGAUGAUGAAUGCAUAAAGCCUGCCAUCAGUGAGGAAUUACUCUCCAGAUACAGUGCAAGUGACGAACAGUUGGCUCGAGCUUACCGUGUGAUGGACAAUGAACUACGUACCAGUUUCACACUGUUUGCGGAAGAAGUUGUUACUCAAGAUGUUGUUGAUGGUGUUAGCAUGAAUAUCAAUGACAGUAGGAACUCUCCAGAUGCUAGUAUGAGAUUAGCCCCACCACUUCUCAGCCCAAGACAGUCUAGAUCAUGUCCAUGCAGUCCAAAAUUAUCAGGAAGGAAUCAUAGUCCCAAGUCUAACACUGGUAGUCCUAAACCUCAGUCUCGUUCAGGAAGCUCCAAAUUCUCCCUCAGCAGUUCCCUCAUGGCUAUUCACAGACAAGCUUCCAAUUCUCUCAGACCGGAUUUUCUGCGAUUUGACUCUGGCAAGGGAGAUUUUGGUGGUAGUUGUUCUAAGAAUGGCUCCCAGCAAAAUAGUCUGAGAAAUGAGUCAAGGUAUUCACGUCCUAGUUUAGAAGCACAGCACAGUAGCUUUGGAGAGUCCCAUUUAGACUCUAGUAACAGUGGGUCCCUGAGGGGAGAGUCAACUAGGCAUGAGUCCUCCAGGAUUGCUUUACAUGAGAGUCAAUCACUUCCCACACUAAAACUCUCCAAAAUGUCUAUGACAUACAAAGGAGGUGUUCUUGUUAACCAGGAUAAAGACCCUGCACAGUUGCACUUCUCUGACACAUCAAAGUUACUUGUAGAAGGUGCUUGUGCUCUUCCUUCCACUCCUGAGGAUGAUACUAUUUCAGAGGAGCUGUCGAGUCCUACAAUGCUCCUUCCUGAUGUUGUACCGCGGUAUGAAGUUGGAGGUUCCCCUUUAAAUCGGAUAUGUGAAUCGGAACCAUCAGUCUCAUCCACUCAUUCAACUCCCAUGGAGCCAAGCAUUAGUUACCAUUAUGAUUCAAAGGAGGGAAUAAUUAAUCUGGGUUUUGAUGGGCAUGAUGAGAGUUCAGAUUUUACUGACUUAAAUGAGGCUAUAAGUGCCAAAGCUUCUGAUAUAGAGAGUAAUUCACAAAGAAGCAGAAGAGGCUCAACUGACAGUGAUAUUGACAUAGGGAAACACAAUCUCCAGAUGAAUGUAGGGAGUGUUCAUGCUAUCUCCAUAGGCCAUGUUCCCCAGGGUCAAGAUGUAGCAUUGUCUCUUGAGUUACCUCAAGUAUUAGCUCAAGAAACUUCUCAGGCUGGUGCCGACAUCAGCAACAUCUCUGACAUGAGUGAAACCCCAUCAUCUAGCCGUCCCACAACACCGUCCACAGCCAGCCCUUCCCUAGCCCCUCACAACCCUUCCUCUGGUGAUACAAACUCGACAAGCCCACAACGCCCUAUAAUUGAGGAAGGAGAUGAUGAUGAUGCCCCUUAUGACCACAUGCAAGAAGCUCGGCAACUUGUAUUUUGGUGGCAGAAAUCAAACCCUCAUGAUGACUCGGAAUUUUGUCAGAACAAUGCAGAAUGUAAAGUGAAACAAAAACCUCUGUUGCUCUUCCUUCAUGGCAUGGGUGGCAGCAGUGAUCACUGGCGACAGCAACUUUGGUACUUUGUUAGUUGUGGCUAUGAGGUUGUAGCCCCAGAUCUAAUGGGUCAUGGGCUAAGCUCAGCACCAAAGGAUGCUUCCCAAUACACCUUUUCACAAAUGCUCGACCACAUAACACUCGUAUUCGAUCUGUUCGUGCCACAAGGACGCAAGUGUGUUGUUAUUGGUCAUGGUUAUGGAUGCUCCCUGGCUGCAGCACUAGCAAGAGGCCGAGCACUGUCAGUACGUCUGGUUAUAAUGGCCAGCUGUGGCGGGCCUAACCCUCUGAUUCCCAACCCUCCAAGCAAAUCUAUCUUGCACUCGCAUCUUGCCACAUUUCUAAGUCCCUUUUUGGCCUGCGGUUGUUGCAGUCGUGAGAUUCUGUAUGCUCCAAGAGGAAAACAUUUUGCUUCCGCCACACUCUCUGGGUCAGACAUCACACCGACGCCUCGUUAUGUUCUGGAGUAUGUGGCAAAGGGACAGAACUGGCCUGAAGGGGAUGUGGCAUUCCACCGCCGUAUCACAGUCCCCACCUUACUGUUGCAGGGGAUGAAGGAUGACCGGGUCUCACUGGUAGAAAUGUGUGAAAUGGAGAGGACAAUCCCCAGAGCAUUUUUGGAGAUGGUUCCUGGUGGGGGUCAUGACCUGAUGACGGACGCGCCCUUAGAAGUGUGUCAUGCUAUACAUCGUUUUAUAAAAAGGUGGAAGCAGCAACUUUGAGAUUUAUUCCAUGUAUAUUAAAAAGUAUAGCUACCCUCUUCAUCAGUGGUGGAAUUAGGAGUGCUUUGCCAAAAUAUGAAUAUAGGACAUUAUGUACAGUAUAGCCCACAGAUGAACAGUGUACUGUUACAGAGGAAUAUGGUUACAAAGCAGCAUUGAUGUGUUCAUGAAGUGUAACGAUCCCUUCCCUAGGUGUACUCCACGACAAAACCUGUCGGUGUAAAAAUCUAUUCCUGUUGAGAGUAGAUCAUUAGAUAGGUAGUACAGUAAUAUUCUCAUUAGUAUUAUGUUUUAGAAGCUUCUGGCACAUUGUUAUAAGCACAGUAUACAGACUACAGGUAUAAGAUAUAACUAAGUAUUGUACAGCCAAGUAAUGUCCACCUCCUUUCCUCUCAAACUCCUUUCCCACCUCCCUUUUCCUUCCCAGAAUGCAACACUGUUCGUUCUGGCCUCCCAAAAUUUAGAAUCAUAGUCAUUUGUUUAUUGUGUGGAAGGAAAACUACACUAUGCCUUUAAUGGUGUCAAAUAGCUACGUUGCCAUCAUCACUCAAAGUCUUAAUGAUGAUCAAAGAAAUUUGGACAGUGAGAAUCAAGUACAGUAUGUUGGAGGAUGAGGGAGUAGGCAGAGAGACUCAAGUAUGUAUGAGCAUAAUGGGGGACCAGAUGUUUUAGGCAUGGUUCUCGUAAAUAUCAGUUAUGUGGGAUAAUCAUGGGUCCUUUAUUUGUACAGUAAGUCCUCGCUUAAUGUCGUGGUUCUGUUCCUGAAAACCGCGACGUUGAUGGUAACAAAGUUAACAGAUUCAAUUUUCCCCUUAGGAAAUAGAUAAAAUGGGAGUUACGUUCCCCAGCCUCCCUUAGCCCCAUAAAAUACAUUAAAUAUACGUACAUAAAUUCAAUGGAAUUUUUAUAGAUAAUAGUAUAUAUAUAAUAUUAUUAG